CCAUCCUUUCCACAGCUUUAAAUUUGGACUACCUCCAGGAGCCCAUAGCAGCAGGCAGAUCUCAGCACCUCUCUUGCUUGUUGUACAGAAAGCUAGGGUCAAAAAUCCUCCUUGAACGGGGAGGCAAACUGUGUGAGAACACCAGACCCUGCUGCCAAUGUUUUGCAGCAGUGCAGCCCCAGGCCAGUUGAAAGACUGACACUUUGCUAUCGUUCUCACAUGUAUUCUCCAACCGGGAAGCUUCCUCAUGUAUUCCCACCCUUGGCUGGCCUCUCACGACUUAUUUACUGUAGUAACAUCUGUCACAGACCAAACUCAGACAAGGUUGCCCCCAGCCUCCAUAUCCCUGACCAGUCCUUCCUUAUCUGUCAGUAUCAAGUCCAUAGAGCACCUCACCUUGUCAACUCUUCCAUCACCUGUAUUUUUUCCAUCUUUGCUUUUGCCACAUGUGGAGGCUUUCAAGGUGAAACUACCCUUCUAGUUUCCUGCAAAGGUGUGGUAAACAAAACAGUUACAGCUGUUUUUGCUUAUCCAUUCAGGUUGAAUACUGUUGUAUUUAGUGCACCAGACCCAAAACGCUGUGGUGGUACUUGGACUGACGUCUAUCUUGUGGGCAACUUCUCCUCCUCUGCACAGUUCUUUGUUACACUUGCGGUGUUGGUGUUCCUCUACUGCAUUGCUGCCCUUGUGGUAUAUGUUGGAUAUAAGCAUGUGUAUCAGCAAAAUAGCAAGUUUCCAUUAACUGACCUGGCUAUCACUGUCAUAACAGCCUUUCUGUGGCUGGUCAGUACUUUUGUUUGGGCAAAGGCACUUGCUGACAUCAAAAUGUCCACAGGGGCCAGCAUUAUUCCGGGAAUUGAAUCUUGCAAAGCACCAGGAACAACUUGUCGUUUUGCUUCUGUGACCAGCAUGGGAACUCUGAAUGUGUCUGUGGUGUUUGGCUUGCUUAAUAUGGUUUUAUGGGGAGGAAAUAUUUGGUUUGUAUAUAAGGACAUCAACCUUCACAACCAAUCAAACAGAAUUUCUUAAAGUCCAGGAAUAUAUCCAACUCAAAGAGGAAUAUAAAAACAAGAUGAUACUUUGAAGUGCUUCCACUUUGACAUCACACUGCCAAGAGCAUGGAGCCCUUAGGAUUUAUUUCAAUAAUAAUAGAUAAUACUUCAUACAAACUUCUGGUUUGUACUAUGGUUUGACAUAAGGUCUUAGAUACUCCAAUUGAAGUGUUUGAUUAUCUUGAAAUAUAUCUUUUGAAGUUGUGCAGCUUUUUGUUACAGUUUUUGAAGAGCAAAAUGUUGAGGUUAUCUGGAUGCUGACCCUUUCAGGUUCUUGAAUUAGCCUCACAGGAGGGAUGGGUAAGAAGCAACUGCAUUUGGGUUAUUACUGCAACUUCUUUAGUUCUAACAAGCCUUGGCUGAAAAAUGAAAUGUAAAUGCAACAAGGACAUGUGAAAAUGCAGUUCAGCUUCUUCCUAUCACUGAUACCUUGCAAAAGCUUUCUGAGUAGAACUCAUAGCUCUGUUUAGAGUUGCAGCUGUCACAUGUAGGUUUCCAGAUAUUCCAUUCAGAUUACUGUAUCAAAUCUGCUGACAGGCCUGUCUGGAAGGACAUUACAUCUGUGUUUAAUAUGUUGUUACUAUUUAAUGGCUUGGGACAAUCUCUGAACAAGAAGACAGCUUAUAGUUUCACUAGAAAAUCAUUUAACAAAGAUGAGAGUGUGUAUAUGUGUGCAAUAGAUGACUUAAACACUUGAGGGGGGGGAAGUAAAGCAUGGCCCGCAACUCUUACAAAUACUGUAGAAAUCAAAGCUAAUAUAUUCCAACUGCUAGUGUCUGGGCUCCUAUGAAUUCCUUUUGAGGUGCAUGAACAAUGCUUGUGUGUGAAAGGAUAUAACUGGAGAUGUCUGAAUAGGACUGUCUUCAUUGAUGUUGUUCAUCUUAUUCAUUGGGAGCAAUAUUUGGUUCUUCUCAUGUGGACUUCUUUAUUAAGAUAUCUGACACUGUGAAUUGCUCAAUGUUUUGACAAAUCUAAGAAACAAGCUGUUCAGGUUUUUUUGGAUUUGUUUAAACUGUUUGUGAUGAAAAUAGACAUAAUAGCGUGUAUAUAACAAUCCUAAUUGUUCAGUGUGCCAGAGCUACUAGCUUUCUGAUAGUAUACUUCCAGUCCAAAGUGUAUAAUAAAAUGAGUGUUGCUGAAAGAAUGUGCCUUGAGUCCUUACUGCUCUAACAGUGAUGCAAAUGUAUUGGCCUUGUAGCUUCUGGGACAUGGCUUUAGCUAUCGCUGACCUUGCUCAUUGAAUGAGUUAUCUGUGCUACAGAAGGGUUCUUACACUGAUGCCUUGAGUUUUUUGUAGAGAGCACUAUCUGUCACUCCUGCAGACUAAAGCUGCCUGGUGCUGCCCAGCACUUCUUUCUGUCAGUCCAAAGUGGGGGCUUUUAUUACUUGUAACUGUCCAAAAUUUCACUUUUGGAAAGUGAAAAGAAAGAAUUUUCUUUUGGAAGAGGUAAGAAGUGCAAUGUUCAGGUAUCUGCUUCUAAAAGCAUGCUCUUCUGUUUCUUCCCUGUUCCUGGAUAAGGGAUUUGAAAACAAUGAGCUUCUGCUGUUUCCUGUUUAACAAUACUAGCUGUGUUACUGCCGCAAGAAGAGAGGCCUGCUUUUUCUCAGUGGUUACUCAAGUACCAAGUAUUAUCCACCUUACAAAGGCCUCUUGAGGGAAGAUAAGAGAAAAGCAGUACGUGGUUCCAACUCUUGCAUCAAAAGUGUGGCACUCAAAAUCAUAAUGUAGUCUUCUCAGGACCUUCCCUCUGUGUCCUGGACCUUCUGCAACCCAAGGGGCAAUUCUCAGCAGGAGAAGACUGGGGCGUAGGGUUUAGGAAGGACAAUAUCAUUCCUGCAUUCAGAAGUGAGAUAUGAAACCGGUUACUUCUAUUAUGGGUUAGUUUGGGGGUUUUUUUGAUAGCAACAUUGGGCUAUGGUCCAAAGAGCUGAUGAAACUGCCAAAUGGUUUUGACAAUGCAAUGUUUUUUAGCUUCACACUCAAAGGUCUUUUAAGCAGAUUGAUGUUAACGCAGUGAUUGACCCAGCCCUCUCCGCAUCCUUGCUUGGGUAGACGUUAUAUGCGAGUGGGCCCAGGCACAUGCAUUCUUCUAGUAGUCCCGUGCUGUUUGCACUUCCUUUACCAUCAAAAAAUGGAUUAUGGCUGGGUAGUCUUCUGUCAUCUCAGUGGUCUGAACCGGGUCUUGAAGCUUCACUGGAAGUAUUGAUGAUAAAAGAUGAGUGUGAUCUUUUCUUUCAUCUCUGCUAACAGGCCCUACCCAGCAGAAUUGCACUGAGCUAUAAAUGUAGUGUGAUUCUUGUGGAAAGGCUGCGUAUAUAGCAAUUACAAUGCUUUGGUGUUAGCUAACAUAGAAUACAAAGCUUCUAUUGAAAUUUAAAGUACUGAGUCAGAUAGUUGAUUAUAAAUAUAAGGAGGUGUUAUUUUGAAGUGCUUUUGUGCUAGCUGUUCUCCUUCCUCUCAAGAACCCCUGCUGACAAUGACUUUUGUGGUGUCCUUUCUGACCGCUUGCAUCAGUUCCAUGUUCCAAAUACUAACUUUAAACCUUAAAUCUUCAUUCCUCCUUGAAGUGAGUUCAUGUAUUACCUAACGCUGCCCUGAACUGACAGUUGUCACAGAGGGCUUGAUUUGUAAUGUUAUAUCUAUAUCACUAUGAAUAGUUGGGAAGAGAGGGACAGAGAAGAGUUGCAGAAAGAAAAUUACUUUGUUGUUGCACAUAGGACUCUUCCUUUCUUUUCUUUUUUUCUUUUUUUGGCAAGUCAAAACUAUUGGACCUUCUCUGUUGCUCUCUUCCUAACAGAAUUAUAGAUACCUGAGAUAAAAAGCUCUGUGCUAUUUCAUCAUGGUGAGCUAUGAUAGGAUCACUGGUACAAGGUUAUGAAAAUCAGUAUCUACAUGUUCUGGUAAUUCUAUUACUAUAUUUUAAAUUUCAAAGCUAGACUUGAAGCAAACUAUUAUUUGUCAUCUGAUCAAAGUUAGCACUGCUUUGAGCAAGAGGUUGAACCAAGUUUUUUUCAGAGGUCCCUUCUUUGUAAUGUUCGGGGGGGGGGUUUUGUGUUGUUUCUUUUUCCUAACACCUGAUGGGCCAUUGUUUGCUUUUGCCCCCUGUUUUUUUGUCUUUUAGCCAGAGGCUCUGUUUGCAUCAUUGUGCAUGCUUAUUUCAGGAUGAAAUACAUAUUUUAUAUCUAAAAUGUCCAUGAAUUUUUUUAUAUUGCCUAAGGAAAAAAACCCUGCUAACUAUAGAUUAAUAAAGUUUUUCAAUCUCAAUUCUUUGGGAUUUAAGGUUACACAUGAUGUGGCUAAAACACUUUUUAUUAACCUUAAUAUUUUUAACAAAACUAUGUUCCUGUCUAUUUAGUAUGUGCUUAUCUACCAACUGAAGCUCCAGUUCUGUGACAAACUGACUUUGUCACAAAUAGCCCUGUUGGAGUCAUUGGGAUGGCUUAGUUAUAAAACGGUAACUGUGUGUAUUUUUGAACACAUGAGAGCAGGAAUGGAUUAGAUCAGUAUAUGCCUCAUUGAUGGCUAAGCUCUAGCCGACAACUGAAACUGAGUUGGAAAGGUUAGCACACUCUGAUUGUUUCAACAAAAACUUAAAUUUCAUAUGCACUCAAAGAGGCAUUCCUGUUUUCCAUAGGGCUGAAACUUUCUCUUACACGUUUUGUAGAUGAAACAAGUGCAUCCCAUCCCCAGAGUGCUUUCCUUCAGAAGACAGGGAGACCAAAUAUGGCAUGCAGGACUAUAGCUAGUAAAAUAUAGAUCAACAGAUAUGUGUCUAUGUUUUGUAGAAAUUAAAGCUGCAUGUGCGUGUGUUCUACACAGCUAAAUGUUAACAGUGUCCUGGCUCUGCAGGCUAAGGUGAGCGUGAUGUGUAGUCAACAGCAAGCAAGUUUUUAAAAAGGAAAAAUAACCAUAUGUCCCCUUCUGGUUCAUUAGGGUAAGACUUGUUUUCCUUCGUAAGGGGGAGGGACUGAUACAGAAUACUGCUAGCUUUGAUGUCUGCUAGAGUCCUGCAGCUGAGAUGAAACAGAAAGCAUAGUGCAGCAGGAGCAAGCAGCUGCUCUCAUUUACCCUGGACAGCUGCAAAGGGCUGAGCAGCCUUUGCCUUUGAAUUGACAUCACAUUCAUGCUGGCAGCACCGAAAUACUCAGUGUCUUAUUUACUCAUAAGAGCAGA